UCAAGUCAUGACCACCUCACUCUCUCUCCCUCUUCCUCUCUUCAAUUUUCCUUUAACCAUUUCCAGCUCACUCGCCAACACACACCAAAAAAAAUGAAAAAAUAAAACACAGAUCUUCGAAUUCGAUGGUGUGAAUUCUUGCCUAGAAUGCAGUUGCAAAUGCUGCUUCUUCAGCCAGUAAGCUCCAAUUUUCUCUCUCUGCAGCAUUCCUCAGUUUCGGUUUGAAGUUUGGAAGAAAAAGAUCAGGUUUUUACUCCCAAGCUCAGCAUUCGUCCUCUUCAACAUUACUGGCUGAAGAUUCUGUUUUUUCUCGGCAUGCUUCGAGGAAAAGUUUGUUGCUCGGACUGCUUGAAUGCUUGGGGGAGUUUUAUAAUGAAGUGCUGCUCUUCCCAUGUAACGCUAUGCCCUCUCUUGAUCAUUGUGGCUCUUUCUCCCCUGGCAUGGGGUGACUUGAGCUCAGACGGUCGAGCCCUUCUGGCAUUCUCGACAGCCAUACCUCAUGGCCGGAAGCUCAACUGGAAUGCUGGUUCCCCUGUCUGCACAUCGUGGACAGGAGUCAAUUGCAGCACAGAUGGCAAUUCUGUGGUUGGUCUACGCCUUCCAGGUAUCGGACUUACUGGUCCGAUUCCCUCGGACACUAUCGGGAAAUUGAACAACUUGAGGGUUCUAAGCUUUCGUUCCAAUAGCCUUAGUGGUAGCCUUCCUUCUGAUGUCCUUGAUCUCCCUUCUCUCCGCUAUGUCUUCCUCCAAAACAACAACUUCUCCGGCGAAAUACCAUCUUCGCUCCCUCCUCAGCUUGCGGUUUUGGAUCUCUCAUUCAAUUCAUUGACCGGAGGCAUUCCACACACGUUUGAGAACCUGACACAUCUUACAGCAUUGAGCCUUCAAAACAAUUCACUCUUCGGACCCAUUCCUGACCUCGACCUUCCACAUCUCAAGCGUCUCAACCUAAGCUACAACCAAUUCAAAGGCAGCAUUCCAUCUUCGUUGGAUAAGUUUCCAAAUUCUUCGUUCAUUGGAAACUCUCUAUGUGGACCGCCUCUCAAUCCUUGCUUCCCUAUUUCCCCACCUCCCCCUAGCCCCACUAGUCCAACUCCGGCUAUGGGGAGACAAACUCCCACAAAGAAACUCUCGUUGGGAGCUAUAAUUGCUAUUGCAGUGGGAGGUGCAUUACUGCUAUUUCUUACUGCUCUGAUUUUAUUCCUGUGCUGCUGUAAGAGGAAACAGAACGAAGAUGGCGCUUCUCCCAAGAUCAAGUCUUCGGGUGUCGGGAGACCUGAGAAACCAAGUGAAGAGUUUGGCAGCGGGGUGCAAGAACCAGAGAAAAACAAGCUAGUUUUCUUUGAAGGGUGCUCAUAUAACUUUGAUCUCGAGGAUUUGUUGAGGGCCUCGGCUGAAGUGCUGGGGAAGGGUAGCUUUGGGACUGCUUACAAGGCAGUGCUAGAGGAGUCGACCACAGUUGUUGUGAAGAGACUGAAAGAGGUCAUCGUGGGGAAGAAAGACUUCGAACAGCAAAUGGAAUUAGUCGGGAGAGUCGGACAGCACCCGAAUGUCGCCCCUUUACGCGCUUACUAUUACUCCAAGGAUGAAAAGCUCUUGGUCUAUGACUACUAUCCUAAUAGUAGCUUGGCAAGUCUACUACAUGGAAACAAGGCUUCUGGGAGAGCUCCACUGGAUUGGGAUUCAAGAGUGAAGAUAACCCUCGGUGCUGCGAGAGGGAUCGCUCACUCGCAUGCUGUUGGAGGCGCGAAAUUCACUCAUGGAAACAUCAAGUCCUCAAAUGUCCUCCUGAACCAUGAUCUUGAUGGUUGCGUGUCUGAUUUCGGCCUCGCCCCUCUCAUGAACUACCCGGCUACUGCGUCGCGGCAGGCUGGGUACCGGGCCCCAGAGAUAAUCGAGACACGCAAGUACACUCAUAAAGCGGAUGUGUACAGCUUCGGAGUGGUCCUACUCGAGAUGCUGACAGGGAAGCAGCCGAUCCAGUCUCCCACGCGGGACGACAUUGCCGAUCUCCCCCGGUGGGUCCAGUCCGUCGUCCGGGAGGAGUGGACGGCAGAGGUCUUUGACGUCGAGCUCAUGAGAUUUCAGAACAUCGAGGAAGAGAUGGUGCAGAUGCUGCAGAUCGCCAUGGCUUGCGUUGCGAAGGUGCCGGACUUGCGCCCCACGAUGCCUGAGGUCGUUAGGAUGAUCGAGGAGCUCCGGCAGUCAGACUCCGAGAACCGGCCGUCUUCUGAUGAAAAUAAGUCUAAUGUGCAGACCCCAUGAUUCUUCCCAUUCUUCUUGUGAAUUUGUCUCAAGUCAUUUGAACUUGGUAGUUUUCUAGUUUAAUUUAUGUUUCAUUUAACAAUCUUUAAGAUUUGUCCUGUCUCUUUGACAACCCCUCAACUUCAACAGGUAGACUACAUUACAAAUUGAUUACAAAUUAUACCAACUACCAUUUUGUAUUA